AAUGUCUCUGGCAAACAAGUUAGGCUGUGGCUUAUAUACAGCAUCACGUGAAAUCAUUAUAUAGAAUUUAAAGCAACAAACAUCACAACAACACACAAGUGAAACCUAUAGCAAAUAAUGUUUUCAUAACACGAAAACGAAUAUAAGUAGAAGCAUGAGCAUGAUUGUGUUGUUUAACUUGCACGAAGAAAAGAUGAACGUCUCAGCAGUACCAUUAAUGUUACUCAUAUUCACCAUGGUUGAAUCAGUGCGCAUUAUCGAGCAUCCUGAGACUAAGAGAGUGCCGGAGGGUGGCACUGUCACCUUCGAAUGCAGCGGAGAAGGGGAAAUGGGCUGGUACGUGGACGACCAGUUUGUGUGGGGAGUUUACAGGACCCAGCUGCAACAAGAUGGCUUCUCAUUUCGCUCGAGUCACUAUCCCACCUACUCUGACCUGACAAUGACCGCCCCUGCUAAGAUAUCCCGAAAUGGAACAAAGAUAAAAUGUGAAGCAUACAGCACUAGUGAAGUGGCAUUCAGCAAUACUUCAUGGCUGUGGAUAAUAGGACCUCCACUGCCUCCCAAUGUGACCGUGGAGCUGAGCAGCUGGAACACCAUGAGACUGUCAUGGAAUGCUCCUUUCACCGCUGAGGGGUUCCCCAUUGACAAGUACAUUGUCUUCACAACCAACAGCUCCACAGACGAGAGGACACGGACUGAGUUUGACCCCACAGAUGGCAAUGAGUCUCUCACCAUUGUCGACACUCCAUGCCUCUGCCACUCCCUCUUGUUUGAGGUGAUUGCAGAGAGCUCUGCUGGGACCAGCUCUGCCACCGAGGUAUCUGGAGCCUUCCCUGUCGCUGUCAGUGAGUUCAGUGUGAAUGUGUCUGUGGUAUAUUUUGACACUGGUGGAGAAAGUCUUGCUCCACAAGCUACCAUAUCCUUUAAGCUUCCUGAAGUGUGUGCAGCUAAUUCUGGAGUUUCAGCAACCUACACACUUGAGCUGAGGACAGUGUCUGGUGUGUUGGUCCACAGAACAGGGGCAGAGUAUCACGAGAGCAUUCUCAUUGAGGAGACCCAAAUUGUCCCCUCCUGCUCCUCUUACACUCUCAACGUCACUGUCUCCGUCUCCUCCUUCCCCCUCCUGGGCACCCACUCCAACAUCACCAUCUUUGAUGUACCAAUUGGAUGUCCAACUACUGAAAGGUCAGAGGGGAGUGGAGUGUUGAUACCAGUCCUACUGGGGGCAGUUGCUCUGGUUGUUGUCCUACUGACACUGCUCAUUGGAGCUGGGCUGGCUGUGGUCUGCCUCCAGCUGAGGAGAAGGAAAAGCAGUAAACAUGAGGAACUCAACCUGUCCUAGAGUGCCACUAAUGACUGAUAACCCCAUAUACGAUGACAACCAUCACUAUGACGUAAUCCCUGAGUCCUGUGGCUCCAAGCCACACUCUCAGAGACCCAAGAAACGAGUUUCCUCUGACUUCAGGUGGAGCCUCUUUGCACACCCACUCACAACCUUCUUGUAGCACAAACACUCUUGAAAUGUACAGUGCAACUCCCACAUCUCUUUCUGUGAACAAAGAGUCGCGUCAACAUCCAUUGUCCUUGAACCAGAACUCUUUGUCCACUGAGACCCCCAGUCCGAGUGAAGUUGAUGCAAUAUUGCGCAACACGUUUGCCGGUUCUCUGUCUCCACCCAGCCAGCAGUGUGUUAAUGGGGGAGGCGCAGAGGGAGAGGUGUAUGAUACUCUAAGCGAAAAGCCACCUCCAGUUGGAGGGGAAGGGAGAGUAAUGGAAUCAGAGAAAGAAGACUGCUAUGUACUCAUGAACUCGAGUGCAGUGUGAAAAACAAACCUCAGACUAUCCAUGUAGCUACGGACUGUAGCUUCCCUAAUGUGUGUGUAUAAUGGGAAACGUAGUUGUAUAAAGACACAAUAUCAAUGUCUUGACAAAUCCCAUGAUAUUUUAGCAUCCCUUGUAUGAUGUAAUGAAUCAUUAUUUUUCAAUGUCAUCAUAGGGUAUGCCCCUUGUUUAUUCAUAGAGAGUAUAUACCUACUGACCCACCCACAUCUAGAGCACAUAUGUGCACAAGAAGAUAGAAUUAGCUUUUAGAUG